AUGGUCGCGCCGCCCCGCUCCGCCCCGCCCGCCGCCGCGCCGCGCCGCCGCCUCGCGCAGCCGCCGCACAACAAACAGGAUCCACGCACCUCACCCCUAGCGACAAGGAGCCCGAACCCUUGCCACCCCGUCUCUCCGAACACAAAAGCCUCUGUCGACCUCUUGGCUGCCGCUGAGCCUUUCGCGAAGAAUUGGCAGCGCUGUGUCGGCUCAGGCCACAUGCUCUUGGGCACGCGAGCCGACUGGCAAUCACAGCUCGCGCUGGCGGUGAACGAGCUCGGCUUCGGCGCUAUCCGCGGCCAUGGCCUGCUCGACGACGAUAUGGGAGUCCUGCCCGCUAAAGGCCGCCUCGAGUUUUACAACGUCUUCGACGCCGUGCACGCCCUCCGCCUCCGCCCCGUCGUCGAGCUCUCCUUCACGCCCGCUGCCCUUGUUGCCUGCGGCAAAGCUGGCGAGCAGCCCGGCGCCUACAAGGGCCUCGCCAUGCCGCCCGACUCGUUUGCCGAGUGGGAGGGCCUCGUCGCUUCCGUCGCGGAGCACCUCGUUGGUCGGUACGGCCUCGACGCGGUGAGCGAGUGGCACUUUGAGGUUUGGAACGAGUUGUGGGGCGUCCCGUUCCCCGAGCCGUACAUGCGGCUGUACAACGCCAGCGCGCGUGGCCUCAAGUCCGUCUCUCCGCGGCUGAGAGUCGGAGGGCCGGCGACGAUGGCGCUGGAGGAGGUGGAGCCGUUCGUCGCCGCGUGCCGCGCGAGUUCAACGCCAGUGGACUUCGUGAGCAGCCACCUUCUCGCCGGCUGCUCCGCGCACAAGGUGCUCUCCGCGAGCGACGCUGUCCACAAGGCUGGCCUCCCUUUCUUCCUCACCGAGUACAACAACGGCCUCGGCGACUCCUCGCGAGACGACGCCUCCGCUGCCGCCUUUGUCGUCCGCAACGUCGGCCUGCUCGCUUCCGUCGACCUCGUCUCGUGGUGGAGCUUCUCAGACAUUUUCGAGGAGGCGUGGAUGGCAUCGGCACCCUUCCACAACGGCUACGGGCUGAUGACCGUACAUGGCAUUCGCAAGCCAGCUUGGCGCGCGUUUGAGAUGCUCGCUUCCCUCGGUGACUACCGCCUGCCCGUGUCCGGAAACGUCUCGCCCGCAGAUGGCUCCUCGACCAGCCAGGGGCACGUGGUCCUCCUCCUCUCCAACUUCCACCGCAACCGCUCCGCUUGCACUGCGCAAAACGUCAGCCUCGCCGUCAUCCACCGGAGCGACGCAACCCUCCCGCCCACCGCCCGCGCGUUCCGCGUCGACGAGGCGCACGCCAACCCCCUCGCGGAGUGGCACCGACAGGGGCAGCCCAUCUACCCCGACAGCUCGCAGCUGUCGAAGCUGCACGACGCGUCGCGAGUGCGCUUGGCGGAGGCGGUGCCGCUCCAUCGCCUCAGCCCCACGCAGAGCGUGAUGCACUUUACGAUGCCGCCGUUUUCGGUGCUGAAGCUAGAGCUGUGA